AUCCAGAUAGAGGAAUACAUCAUGGCUUAGAUAUGCUAGCGCUACGACGAGAAUCGCUCAACAACACGCCGCCGAUGGUCUUGAUGUACUCGAGAACAUAUUCUCUACGUAAUUUACGUGGCUAUGGUUUCUGACUAAAAGACACCUGAGUAAAAGGCUCGACACUUAGGAUUCCCACUCUGGUACUGACCAAGUGAUAAGCGUCUUGUCUUCCUUUACGGUGCGACGAGCUUGACUGCCAGAGUUGCAAAGAGGACCCGGCACAUUCCUCAAGAGCCAAGCAGAGAUUAUUGUCCAUGCACUUCCUCCCUGGUGCUAGACAGAGCUGUUCGCUGUCCUCAUUGGACAUUGGACCGAUACCCAUCGCUGGCCAUCGCACCGCUGCAUGCAUGCCCGACGGCCAUACCCCGGCCGAUGAUAAGGCAAAGCUACCAGCGGCGACCUCCACCUCGCUUGUUUUUGUUCACGCUGCAGUAGGUGGUCGAGUGGCCAAGUCGACAGGUAGACAGGGCGCAUCUCAUCAACAACAAUCCCCAGCGUCUACCAUGGGCGCCUCCGUAUCCCAAUACGCCGAGCGCUGGCUUCCCGCCCCUUCGAAUUCCUUGCCAACAGCCCCACCGCCUCAGACACUCCCAGCCUCCUCCCCUCUCUCCCAGCCGAAAGGCUUCAUGUCGUACUUUAUCCCUUCAUCGGAGCCCACACAUAAACACCGCCACCCAACAAUCCACGAUGUUCAGCUCAUAUAUGCCUAUAUUGCCUCCCGACUGCCAGGGGAGCUGGUAGGGCAGGUGAUGGACGAAGCCGAAAUCUGGCCAGUGUGCUGGAGGGCACAGCGGGCGAAAAUGGUCUGCCCGUCGAGGGUGAAGGGAGGGAUCAAUAUGAUGGACGGUGGCUUGUGGGAGACGGGGCAAGAAGCCGAAGUGGGGGAGGCUGCAUUGGAGAGAGGUCUCAGAUGUCGGAAUGGGGAAGCUUGGUAUCUUGUCUCAUCGCCGAUUGGGUGUUUCGGGGAGCAGAAAGAAGGGCAGGAAUCGGAGACAGAAGAGCAUGAGAGGAGACGGAAAGCUUGGGUGAAGAAGGUUGUCAUUGAAACAUCCUCUCGGGAUCAGGGUUGGUCAGAUCACAGACAGCAUUACGGGACUUAUAAAGGUAGUCACUCAUGGUUUGAGAUCUCGCUGCUUAGGAAUGAUCUGGAGGUGCCGGGAUCGCGAGCAGAAAUACAGUUCAACGUCCAUGCCGGACAGUUCUUCAAGGAGCACACGAAUGUCCUUCUACGUGAUCACCCGACGUUGAGACUAGCAAAAGACGGGGAUAGGGUGGUGCUGUGGGCGAAGGCGUUAUACCCGGGCUGGGUGAAUGCAGUCAAGUACGCGCUCCGUCUAUGACUGAGGCUCAGUAGGCUAACAUGCGCCCAGAGAGGCUUCGAUCACAGUCUACAGUGCCCCGUUCCCGUACUGAUCAUGAUGGCGUUAAACAUCGCGGGGGCUUAAGGGCGAGAAGACUUAUGUCUUUGCCAUGCUUGUCCUGUACGAGUACAUAUGUAGCAUAAUGAUGUCAAUUGUAGGCUCCAUUGAUAUGGAGUGACGUGUAUCUGUAUAUAAUCCUCACCCAUCUCGGGCACGGGGGUCGUAAAAGGAGCGACGCUAAGCGUGGUAGUGCGGUGCGUGAGAGAUGAAGA